AUAAUAAAUAUACUACAUAAUUUAGUAAAUUCAGAAUAGGCUUUUGCGUUUCUCCAAACGAAUUGAGCUAACCUACAAAAUUUUAUUGCGUACUUAAUGAGAAUGCUUGGUAACGACACUUUUGUGUAAUAAAUGUGUAGUAAAUUUGCAAACAUUUUAACAGUGUAGGUAGCCACAUCGCAUUGAGAUGAAGACAAAAAAACUUUUCAGCAUUUUUAUACAUCGCAGAACGUUGCUAGUAAGAGAAGUAAGUCUCACAGUAGAACGAUGUUCAAACCAGACCUGUACUCUAAAAUCAACAAUGAGGCGCGUCGUGAUACCAGCGACUUCAUCGAAGAAUAUUCUAAUGAAAUUGGCCAAAUGUCAGGACGGUGCCUUGACAUCGGAAGCGGUCCAUGUGACGUAGUCACCGAUUUUCUCCUUCCAAAAUUAAACCCGAAGUCUACCGUUGUCUGCUCGGACAUUUCCAAGCCCAUGUUGGACUACGCAAAGGAAAAAUACGGCGCCAACGAUCGGCUAUCCUUUCUCCAGCUGGACAUCGAGUCUCCGACGCUGGCCGAAGAUCUAGUUGAACAAUUCGAUCACGUUACGUCGUUCUAUUGUUUACACUGGUGCAAAGACAUGCGCCAAGCCUUCGAGAACAUCUUUGAUCUGCUGCGUCCUGGAGGUUCGGGCUUCUUGACCUUUGUGAGCGAUUUUCCUUGCAUGGACGCGUACAAGGUCCUGGCGGCUAUGCCUCGAUACCAGCGUUACAUGACGGAUGCGGACAGGUUCAUUCCCGUAUUUCAGCACGCCGAACAUCCACGCGAGAACCUGAAAAAAUUGCUUCGAGAGGUCGGCUUUGAGAUCAGCCACUGCAGUCGCAGAGAAAUAAGCAACAUUUACGACACUCCGAAUGAUUUCGGCAGAGUAAUGGCAGCCGUCAACCCGUUCAUUCACCGCAUGCCGGCUCAACUACAGCGAGAGUAUGAAGUAGAUUUGGGCAUAGAAGCGGCGAAGAACGGGAUUGUCUUCAACAAGGAUAACAAUGGUGGCUAUAACAUACUCUGCAGACAUCACAUGUUUGUAGUUUACUUGAAAAAAUCUUCGAUCAAUUAAUAGACAGCCAGAUAACCAACGAAUGUCUGUAUCUUGAUCUUUCUUCGUAUUCUUUGUUAUUGAUAAAAACGAUUACUUUCACUUAGAAAAUUGAAAAUAUAAUUUAAGCAGUAUCGCUCGUGCAGUUGGAGUAUGAAAACAUACACGAGAUCUAACAAUAAGUUUGGUGAAAAAUAGAAAAUGUACGUUUUCUCCAUCACUGCCUUGAUUGUAACGAGUAGCUUUCGCACUUUUGAAAAGAGAAAACGCCCUGUUGUCUUACUUUUGCUAGCUAUAUUAUGGUUCUAGCUUUUGAUUUUUCUUACUGUACUUGUAGGCUCCUUAUUAUCAUUUUACGAAUAAUCGUCAGAGCUAACAAUUACUUUUAUUAUUACUAGUUAUAUUAUGUAUCAUUAUUAAUUUUACUAUUAUUUUUAUCUAUUGAUUUCCAAAAAACAAAACCGUCAACAUGGGCCCUGGCAAUGAAUCUACCAUGAUAUAGAAUCCAUCCAACAGCCACCAAUAGCUUCACGACACCACCAAUACCUUAACACUCAAAGUAUGACUUGACGAACAAUCAAAUCUAGCACAUCAUUUUCUUCAAAAUUGGAAAUACAAGCACAAAUUUUGGGUCUCUCAGCAACUUGUUACUUCUCCAAAAGAUUCUCCUGAUUUUUCCGCGACCUCGUACAGCACAUCAUUCCUAUCCAUGUAUCUGAUUUACCAUAAUAUCUAAGCGUAAUUGCCAUUGCUUCUCAGUAUCAUCUUUAACGGAGAGUCUGUGAAUGUUUCGAGUAGAAUUAAAAUCUUUCCUAUAGAUCUGCUGAUGUUACUUACUUUACUUUUUAACGCUUCAUGUGUUCGUCGGGUAAGGUCAGAAAGGCCAACCAAGUUUAUUUAACCCUUUGUGGGGUUUGAGGCGACCUAUUUUAUUUUAUUUUUUUUUUUUUUAUUAUUAUUUCUUCGAUGUUUCGUGACUUUUACCUGUACUAAGGCGUUUUUCAGACUCUUAGGUUCCUUAAUGUAUUCAUUAUGAGAAAUUGGAUCAACUGACUUGUUUUGUUUUGAUUCUUAAAAGCAAUCAAUUUAAAAAAAUCAAUCUCUUCCGAAAAAAUCGGCUAUGGGUAAACGUAUAAAGCUAGAGGUUUGAAAAUUUUUAUAAAUCCUUUCUAUUCUUAGUACUAUUAUAUGUACAUAUAUGUUUUUUACAAAUUUUUGACACGCCAGUCUUUGCAAAAAGAAAAAUUUAUAAUUUUGAAUAACCCCAAAACCCAAUAACCUUAUAAUCAAAUGUGACAUAUCCAUGUUUUACGGUGCGCUGAGUACGUAAUACAAUUUUACACGAGGCAAAUGGCGAAUGAUUCCAUAUUCCAGCAUUAGAUGGCGAAUACAAACCCGCAAUCAAAAAUCAACUCUUGAAUACUUAUAACUAGAGCUAUUGUCGCAUAGAACAUUGUCUUUUCUUUGCGUUUUUUCCAUUUGAGUGGAAGAAUGAGAAAUCAUAAAUAAUCUAAAAACACGAAGAAAAAACAAAAAAGUAACUAAUUUCAUUCCAUGUCCACGUCGUUAGUCCUGGGUCACGCUGAAAGGGAGAAUAAGCGCCUUAUUUCAUUUUAUGUUCAGGACUUUGGAAAUGAUAGUCACGACCUUGGAUCCACCAUCUUGAAUAAUGCAAAUCUGAUGUCUGCUUCGUAAUCAGCGAUUCCAAAAACCCCCGGAUAUCAAAUUUGGCAUGAAUCGGUCGAUUUUUCAAAAUUUCGUCCGCCAUCUGGAAUUUCGCAAAUCUAAUCUCAGAUUCGUAAUCAGCGACCGCGAAAACCCUUUGGACCACUUGGACUCUGGUGAUUGGUUUUAUUUUUAAAUGUGCCCCUCAAAGGGUUAAUUAACGACAUUUCGGCUGGCCCAGCCAAUUAAUCAUUGAUUAAAUAAACUUUGUGGUCCUUUUUGACCUUACCCGACGAAUACGAGGAGCAGUGCACCUCAAGUAAUUAAUCAGGCCCUGAAACUGCCGUGUCCCUACCUCGUUCUGGCCAUUCUUGCAGUCCUCUGUUUUGUCCUUUUCAAUUUUCACUCAAGUAUCCAUUACCGGUUGUCCACAUCAUUUCCUACCCGUAUUUGAAGUAAAUAUAUUCAGUUUAUGACCACGUAUCACUAUUUACACGUUUUGAAACCGAUCCAAUUCUAUCAGCAUGCAUAAAAUACGUUGCCACCCCUGUGUACCAUUGGAUUGGAAAAUUCGGGUAAAUCCAAUGUUCUACAUUUGGAUCGGUAGACGGUAGAGUUGAUACGUACCGACAACACCUUAGUUUCUUCGUUGGGAAUUAUAAAAAAAGAUUCUGGAAUUUAACCAUCUGCCGGAGUAAGAAAUACAGCAAAAGCUUUUUUACAUUGUUAAGAUUCAUCACAACGCUGCAACGUCAAUCCAUGCCAGAUGUUAGAGUAAACGUGAGCUGCGUUUCUGGUCGUACAAUUGAGCUUGUGAUCACGACCAUUUGUACUACUUAUUAUAAUAUAUGAUCAUAUAUUUUUUAACUCAC